AUGAGCGCCUGGGGCGUCAUUUUUCCCUUGGGGAUGGUUCUCGGGGUACGCAUCCUACCGCCUCCGCUCCGUCUUCCCUAUCUCUCUUCGCCUUUCCUCCUUGCGCUCGCCUCUCAACAUGUCCUCGUAGCCGAUCCUAACCCUCUCCACGUAGAUGGUCAAGUCGCGGUGGCAUAUCCCCGUCCAAGUAACCGGGACGGCACUAGCCAUCGUCGGAUACGCCCUCGGCCAUUCGCACGGCGGUCGCGAGUUCCGGCACACGAACGUCCACUCCAAGUUCUCGACGCCGAUAUCUGUCCUUCUCCUUCUCCAGGUUCUCUUCGGCAUCUAUCUCAAGCUGCAUUUAGAGAAGGGUAUAAAUGGGAAGCUUAGAUGGGUUGUUAAGCUGGCUCACGGCACCGUCGGAAAGGCGUUGCCUGUGCUUGCUUGGACUCAGAUGCUCUUCGGCGGCAUCACCGCUCUCGGUUUCUGCCAGGGUGACCGCCUGGGCCAAUGCCUAGCCCAUUUUAUCAUGGGAAGCGCCUUCAUCGCCUACGGCAUCCUCCUGUCUAUUCUGCUACUAGUUGGUCAGCUAUGGCUAAGGCGCACCGGACGGUCGCAGGAGUUCUUCGACAGCGCCGUUAUUGCGGCCUGGGGCGUCGUUAAUACGUUCACCGAACACCGCUGGGGGACGCCCUGGGUGAAGAACGACUGGCAGCAUACGGCCAUGGGUAUUAUCUGGUGGGCGGCCGGCUUGGCUGGCGUCUGGCUGAGCAAAGACCGAAAUGGCCGGCCUCAGCGCAACUUCAUCCCCGGCUUCGUCAUUCUAAUCACCGGGUGGGCGAUGAGUUCCCACCCCCAGGAGCUAAUGAUGAGCGCCGAAACCCACAAGAUGUUUGGCUAUACCCUUAUGGCUGCCGGUGCCACGCGUAUCAUCGAAGUCUGCUUCGUUCUUCGGGACCGGAGUGGGCUGUCUGAGGAUGGCCGCGAAGCAAGCAGCUUUCAAUAUGUACCCAUCUUCUUACUCUACGCGUCCGGGUUCCUAUUCAUGGGCGCCACUGAGGAACAGAUGGCUUUUGUUGCGGCCUCUGGCAUGGACCACGUCGCUUACAUCUUGAUCCUGUACUCACUCGCCUUCGUCGUUUUCCUCUUUUCUAGCGUCCUCAUCCACGUUUACGACAGCGGUUUCGCCACGGCCAGUCCCAACAAAGAAUUGGUUAACGGCCGAUUGGGGCCUCGGAUAAACGGAAAUGUGCCUUUGAGAGACGCCGAGGAGUUCGAAUUAGAGGGUCUCAUGAGCGACGACGACGACGAAGGUGUAAGGGGGCCGCCGAGAGAGGACGAGAGCGGUCUGAAUAGUCCCAGCACAGUGGGCAAGAACAGCGAUAGCGUUGCCCAUUGAUGCAUCGCGUGCAAGGUCGCCAGGUUUUGAAGCUGGGAAAAUGGAAGUGGAUCGUCACGGUAAAGGGUCAGCCCUGGACGGGGUUGCAUAUAUCGCACCGGUUACUAUUGCAUAGGUUGUUGGCGUUUUGAGAUCAAGGCUACGGCGAAAAUGGGCGUAUUCCACUGAUUCAAGCAACUCAAAAGCAUUCUUCCGCAUAGCCCUUCCAGCUAUGAUCCCACAUUUCGAGAUAUUUGAAGGAAUAACCGCCACCCUCAGGGCGCUCCCCCUGGUGCUAUCGAUGCUCUUGCAGGGGCCGCUUCGCCUAUUCCCCU